CGCCAGUAAAACCAAGAAGAAGAAGAAAAAUAAGACGACGCAAAACAGUGACUUCUUACACUAAGCUAACGGAGUCGAUGGUAGCUCUUGUGUAGAAUCUAGUCUGCAGUCAACCUUAGAAAGCUGCGAUGGAAGAAGCACAAAUUUACAGCAAAAUUCCUCGAGAUCUAGUGAAUCGUCUUGGUGUUGAGCCUCACAACAGCUCUAAAGCUGCAAAGUUUACUGAAGCCCAUCUGAAGCAGUGCACUCAGCAGCCGAGCCGACUGGAUGUGAAGAGCAUGCUGACUCAUAAGGCUGUGCUGCUGGGCUACAGUCGGCCCAAAAGAGACACAGCCAAAACCAGAAACAGGAAGAAAGCCAAAGGACUCAAUGCACAACAGAAGAGAAUGAUGAAGGUUUUCCACAUCAAGCCUCAACACCAGAGGUAUGAGCUUUUCUUGCCGCUACACCAGCUAUGGAGACAAUAUGUUGUGGACCUGUGUGGUGGACUCAAACCGACGGUGAAUCCACAGAUUGUGCAGCAAAAGCUUCUGAAGGCAGACUUGCACGGAGCCAUCAUCACAGUGGUGCGUUCUAAAUGUCCGUCCUAUGUGGGAACUACAGGGAUUCUCAUGCAAGAAUUCAAACAUGUGUUCAAAAUCAUCACCAAAGAAGACCAGGUCAAAGUGAUCCCAAAGAGGAACAGUGUGUUUUCUGUAGAGUUGGACAACUUUGUCUCACACAUUUAUGGAAGCAAAAUGGAGUUCCGAGCCAGCGAACGUUCUGCCAAGAAGUUGAAAGUGAAAGGAACUAUAGACCUCUAAAGGCACCCAGCGAUGUCAUCUCUCCUUGCCCCUACUGGAUGAUAAAGGAACUGCACACAUACCAAGCAUGCAACAGGGCAUGUACUCUACACAAACAGCUUGUGCAGAACUCAGACUGUUCAAUCAAAUCACCUGGCAGUGAAGAGUGUAGACGAUCAUCUGAAUGGUGGGCGGAGCUUCUUCAAAGCAGAGUCACUCAGGAUCCUGGAAGUCAGCUAGCAGGAUCUCAUUCAGGCUGUUACUUGGAGCGCUAAUGGUUCGUUUUUGACAGUCAGGAGUGAGAAACGAAGUGGAUCGCUGUCUGAACUCUGGGCCAUUUUCACCCGAAGAGCUCCUAAAGUCUUGAAUCGUCCAGAAUUUGAUCCUUUUUAUUUUUAGAUGCAUUUGGAAAAAUAAAAAGCAAGAUUCUAAAAAUGUAAGCUUUUCUAAAGGAUAAUAAUCUGAAUUUCUGAUAAAUGAAUGUGCAACAGUGCAACUAAUUUUUUUUUUGUUUUUUAAAUCAGUAAUAUAUAACCCAAAUAUAUGGAAAAUAAAAAAGCUCAAUUUCACAACAUUUUGGGCCCUCAGACCCUUUUAGGUUUUGAAACUAAUCCAGUCCUAAUGUAGCUAAUUAGACUUAAGUGUUCAGCAUGGAGUUCUUUCUGGGUCAUACAGAUAAUAAUAGUAAUGCGGAGAUGGUUUCUACUUGGGUAUCUAGAAUGUGAUGAAAACUACCUGAGAAAUCUGGAAAUGAAAGUUUGGUUAAGUACAGAAUUUUCAAACUGAGCACAAGCUUCCAUACUGUAGCAUUCUACCUCAAAUAUAAAAAUUCAUACUAUUAUGAAAUGUAAGUUAAACUAAAUGUGUUUUUUUUUCUUUAGAAAUAAAUGACUCACUUCAUGGCUUUACUUUGAUGAAACAGUCAUUUUUUAGUUAACCCUUAGCUAAACCCUUAUCUAAUUCUACUCAAAUCAUCAAACAGCGAAGGUUGGAGUAUGAAUACCACUUGAUGAUGCGCACUGUGCUCAUAGCAAAGAUUAUAUUUGGAGAACAUUGACAUCUAGCAACUGUCAACUACAAAAAUUAAAAUUUUCUGCAAAAAUACAGUGCUGAAUGUUUUUUGUUGAAAAUUGCAAAAGCAUUUGAAGUCAACUGCAGAAAUGUAAGAAAUAGGCAGAAGCAGCAGAACAAAGCAAAAAACUGCAAAGUACCUAAUAAUUGCCACAGAAAAACUGUUGAAGAGGAGCAAGAACUUGUGAACAACACAAAAAUCCCACCCAUUGAGAACAGUGCAUAGAAAGCUAAACUGUUGGGUCACAGCAGUUAUGAGUUAAAAUUAGACAAAUGGUAAAACUAGCUAAAAUAGUAAUGAUAGCAUCUAGGCUAGCACUAGCAUGUUGACUUGCGGUAAUAUAUUUCAUACAAUGUGAAAAAACAAGUGGAAAAGGUAAAAUGAGCUAAAUAAGCUAAAACUAGCUUUAAAAACUGAUAGCACAUAGCAUGUUUGUUUUUUUUAACUUUCAAACAAAUAACAUGAACAUACAGUACAUAGAGGAUCUUUAACACAAUGACAAAUGCCACAUAAAAAACAAAAAAAAAAGAAUAACCACAGACAUUGACAAGUUUGAUGUUGAUGCCUUGCAAUCUUCAAAGUAGAACAAAGUAAAAAAACAAGUUAAACAUGCACAUAAAUUGGUAACAUAAAACAAUGUGCAUCUUUCCGUCUAUAUUAUUUUCUUAAAAAGUGUCAAAUACAUUCAAAUACAUAUAUAUAACAAAGGGUUUGUUACAGCAAAAGAAGCAAAUAUAAAUAUAACAGAUAAAGUUAAAUUUCUGAGGAAGGAAUGUUUGUGAUUAUUAAAGUUAAGUUUUUCAAGCCAGUUUCCUUAAAUUUAUUAAAUGAGGGUAUUUUUUCACUCCAUUUCAUCUUGUGGACAUAUUUUGUAGGAUUAUUAUUGGAUUUAAUACAUAUAUUUCAUCUUGAGAACCUAAAAGAAAAGAAAGGGGAGAAUAACAACAAAAAACCAGGAUUUCUAGUAGACAAAUCCUCCAUCACAGCACCACAAAGCUGCACCACACAUGCUGCCCAAUUGGCCAAGAGGCCUUGAAAGUCAGUUUCCCAGCUAGCCUUAUACUCUGCUCAUCAAGAGGCAGAGUGAAACCAGCUGGGCCUGCUUAACCCGCCACAUUGUUUUAUGUUACCAAUUUAUGUGCAUGUUUAACUUGUUUUUUUACUUUGUUCUACUUUGAAGAUUGCAAGGCAUCAACAUCAAACUUGUCAAUGUCUGUGGUUAUUCUUUUUUUUUUGUUUUUUAUGUGGCAUUUGUCAUUGUGUUCAGCAGCAACCUGAAUUGGGGGGGAAAUCCUACAUGCAGCCACCACUGCAUGUAACACAUCUAAAGAAAAGGUUGAAUUGUUAAAUAUGAGCAAUAUUUGCAAAUUUGAUAAAACAAUGUUCUUUCCAAUUUUUUCUGUAAGGAGUUUUUGCAAAUCCGACCAAAAUAUUACAGAAUGAGAACACUCCACAAAUAAAUGUUCAAUACUUUUGCCCUCACACUGACAAAAAAGAGCAGUUGUUGCUGAUAUUUGGAGAGAAGUGCCAAAUGUUACUUUUAACUGGAUAAUAUCUAUGUAAAAUCUUAAAUAAAAGUUCUUUGAUCAUA